AUGUCGUCGUCUUCCUAUACAACAAAGUACGAUGUAUUCAUUAGCUUCAGAGGUGAGGACACUCGCGAAACCUUCACUGUCCAUCUGUUUAACGCUCUGGCAAACAAGACAAUCCGAGCAUACAUGGAUUGUCUUCUCCAGAGAGGAGAUGAAGUCUGGCCAGCACUCGAGAAAGCGAUCGAGAGCUCGCUAAUAUCGAUCGUGGUUUUCUCAGAAAAGUACGCAACCUUGAAGUGGUGCUUGGAAGAGCUCGUCAAGAUUCUUCAAUGGAGGGAAUAUCACGGUCAGGUUGUUAUAUCAGUGUUCUAUAGAACUGAUCCAUCAGAUAUACGGAACCAAAGUGGAAGUUUUGAGAAGGCCUUUGCAAAAUACGAAAGAGAUUUUGCAGAGA